ACAUGGGAAGGCAGAACGGGGACAGAGAUAUUCUGACUGUCCCGAGUAUGGUCAUUUUACUAGAUUUUUUUCUUUUUUUGCAAUAGAUUUUUCUGUCACAGAGGAUGAUGAAGACAGAACAUUAUCAUCAGGACUUGGGUUGGAUGACAUGCUUGAUGGUUUUUCCAGUACAUCGAAAGUCAACAGUCAGUUUCUAAAAAAAGAUUCUCGCUUGUCAGCAGUCAACAACCAAGCACUGAUCCAGUACUUUGCUAAACUUGGUCAAUCCAAAAAUGAAGAUGAAGUCAUUGAUCUGGACUAUGUUGAUACUUUGCUAGCUUCAGGUGCUGAUAUCAACUGUAUUGACAGACAUGGUCAGACUGUUAUGCAUGAGGUGGCCAGAGCAUGGCAUGUGGAUGUUGCAAAAUUUCUGAUAGAGCAUGGAGCUGAUGUUAAUAAAGGAGAUCAUUUUGGACGGACACCAUUGCAUGUUGCUGCAGCUGUAGAUUAUGUUGAAAUGAUAAACAUGCUAAUUGAAAAUAAUGCUGACAAAGAAGCAACAACUGUGGAUGAAAAUCAAACUCCUGUUUUUUAUGCUGCAAAAACUGAUGCCGUUCAAGCAUUAAAGGCACUGAUCCUCAAACAUGGUUGCUUAUACAAGACUAUAGUAGAUUAUAAAGGCAGGACUCCCAUCCAUGUGGCAGCAGAAUUAGAUCGCAGUGAAACUGCUCGCCUUCUGUUAGAGUGUGAGGCUCCUGUUUACCUGAGUGACAAUCAGGGUUCAAGAGCAAUUACUUGGAUCAUAAGCAAGAUGGCACCAGUGGCAAAUGAGGCACUGAAGCAGCUGUACAGCACUGACAGAGCUAACAGAAAACAGUACUAUGCUCUCAAUUAUCUUGUUCGUGAUAAAGAUAAAGACCCUCUUGGAAAAGCCCAGACACCUCUUCACACUGCCGUAACUUUCAAACAGUAUGAUCUUCUUAUGCAUCCUGUAUUUCGACAGCUGUUGGAUAGAAUGUGGCACCAUUUUGGAAGAUUCUGGACCUUGUAUCAGUUAGGAAUCAACUUGGUGUACAUUGUCAUGUGGACAGUAAUUGGUAUUGUUGUGGAGUAUGACAAGCGACACUCCUACACCAUGCCAGAUGAUAUCUGGAGAAUUAUCUUGUAUAUAAUAGCAGUAGCAUUUACAGUUUAUCAAAUAUUUGAAGAGGUCAUGGAAUUCAGAAGGUCUCAAAAGAUGCACUCGUACUGGGAAGACACCCGUAAGGUUGACAUUCAGAUGGAUAUGAAGUUUUGUCACCCAAGAUGGCCAGAGGAGAGAAAGUAUUUGGAAAUGGAAAUUGAAGCCUUGGAGCAACAGAAACCCAAAUAUUUCCAUGACAUGUGGAACAUCUUUGACUGGAUCUGUUACAUUAUGCUUCUUGUCUGCAUUGCAACCCAUGUGGCUGACAUUAUUUCACACACAGAAAUCUUGGCCCGUUUACACAUACGUUUUAUGGCAGCGACAAUCAUCUUGCUGUGGUUGAGGUUGAUGAAAAAUGCCAGAGCCUUUGCCAUAUUAGGUAAUGAUACAAAU